UCAAGGUACUUGAUAACAACUCUUGACUAUCUCCUCUUCAUUUUCAGAUAAAAUGGAACUUACGCUGAUCGCAGCCUUUCUUACAUUCACAAUAGUAACCUGUCGGUUAUUAAGUAUGAAUGAGGCAGAAAAUACCUAUAUUACUGAAAAGGGUAUAGCAUGUAUCCUCUGUCCCCCGGGAUACUUCUACAUAGAUGACUGUCGAAUUGAAAACACUAUGGCGGUGUGUAAGUCUUGUCCUAAAGGCAGCUUCUCUAGUACCUAUAGCAGAGCUAUACACUGUGAGGUCUGUAUGAAACACUGUGAGUCCAACACUCUGGUAACGGUACAGGAGUGUAACGGUACAACAAACAUGGUGUGUGAUUGUCCACCUGGAAUGAUACUGGAGAACCCGGAUGACAAACACCAUGCCAAGUGCACACCUUUCCAGGGAUGCGAUCCAGGUUUUGGUGUACUCGUUCAAGGUACAUCCCAGAGAGAACCUGUAUGCGCAGAAUGCAAACCAGGUAUAACAUUUUCACCAAAACUGUCAUCCAGCGAGCCCUGUUAUCCGUGUACCCAAUGUCCAGAUGAUGACUUUGUACAGGAAUGUAACACUACACAUGACAGAAUAUGUGAUAUCCAACAAUCUUGGAAUGAAGACGCAGCGAUACCUUCUCUGAUAGUAAACAGUGUUUUGGUCUUCAUAAUCAUGCUUAUUACAAUAAUGAUAGUAAUAGCAAAGAAAAGAGGAUGGUUUCAAAUAGCUAAGAAAGAACAGUCUGCUGACAUCGAAGAAAGCGAAGAGAGGCUUACUGUCUCGAGCAGAACUAUUAUUUAUGUUUUUGCAAUGGAAAGGUUCACAAAAAUUGCCAUUUCUGUAACGGUCCUUACAGUUUCCUGUCUUGCAUCUGAUAUGACAGAAAACACCUACAACACAGAAAGUGGCAUGGAAUGUAUCGUGUGUCCUCCCGGACAUUUCUACACAAAUGACUGUCAGGUUCCGAAUACUAUAGCCGUGUGUAAGAGGUGCCCUGAUGGUACCUUUAUCGGGAACUAUAGCAAAGCUAUAUACUGUGAGAAAUGUAUGCCUCAUUGUGAAUCACCUAUCCUGGUCACAGUUCAACAUUGUACCGCUACAACAAAUAUGGUGUGUGAUUGUCCACCUGGAAUGAUACUGGAGAAUCCUCAUGACAAGUACCAUCCCAACUGUACACCUUUCCAGGGAUGUGAACCAGGAUUCGGAGUACUUGUUCAAGGUACAUCUAUACAGGAACCUAAAUGUGAGGAAUGCAGACCAGGCCUUACAUUUUCACCAGAACUGUCAUCCAGCGAGCCCUGUUAUCCGUGUACACAAUGUCCAGAUGAUGACUUUGUACAGGAAUGUAACACUACACAUAACAGUAUAUGUAAUGUCCCACAAAUCAGUAUAACAACAACGACGAGGAAAUACUACCAAAUCAACAGCAAACACAGCAGUGAUUCCGGACUGGACAGGUAUUAUGAUGACACGGAACUGAAGCAAUUGCCUACAGAACCGAUGAUGACCUGGGACGCGAUAUUUCGUUACUUAUCCUGUCAAUUAACAUCGAACUGGAGGGCCGUUAUCAGCGAUCUAUUCAAAGCCAUUGAUGUAGGGGAUUGUGAUACAAUCAUAGAACAGAUAGAACUCGACAAUCACACAGUCAAGGAGAAGAUUUACCAGUGUCUAUUGAAGUGGAACGAAAGCGGACGUCCUCGAUCAACUAGCACCCUGGUACUCGUCCUAUCCAAACACAGAAUGGAAACUCUUCUGAAAAACUUGAAAACCAAAUUUCCAUCUGAAUUUCCUCCCGGCUCGUGUAUGACAUGACGCCAGUCUGGAGACGUGAUUCAAUGUUUCUAGUAAACCCAAACUAGGAACCCAAAUUGGAAUCUGCAAUCAGUGGAUUAUAAAAGCGGAAUAAUUCGUCAUCAAAAUGCAAUAAGAUGAUGAAAUAACAUUGCUUCGAUUCUAUCUACAGAGGUGUUUUCACUUUGGCAAACCGGUUUUGAUUACCCGAUCAGAUCUGUCAUCAGUAUGACAACCUGGGGUGUUCGGAUACUGCAAUGUUCUUCCGCAAUAUAGCAUUACUCGCGCUUCAAUCUGGUUGUAGAGUGAUUUAUAUCAGCUGAUAUAACUUGUUUCGCAAUUGAUGAAAGACAUGGAUCAAUGCAUCAAAUUACAUCAUUAUGCUAUCGAAUAACCCUCAUUUUGUAUCGACAAGAUUCUAUGUCUUAUGUAUCUUUUGUAACCUCCUUUGACUUUAAUGUAUUUUACAAAGGCCAUUUACAAAACGGGGUAAUACAAACAAAGGUAAUUCCUAUAUCCUGCGUCUAUAAAGGUGAGCAAACUCAUUGUAAUUACAAUGCGUAAGCUUCUCGUUUUAACGAAUUCAUUCAAACAGAUGUUUAAUGUUCGAAUAAUUCUUUUAUUUGAGUGAAGCGAUAGGAAAAUGGCAGAUAUGUUGUGAUUUAAAUCUAUGUUCAAACAUUCUGUCUUCAAUUUAAUUCAAUUGCUAUUAUUUAGCUGAGCAUAAUAAUGAUUUAUGUAACAAGCUCAUUUUCUAUUGUAACCGAAGAUUUGGCUAUUUAAAUACUUGCAGUUGUAGUGAGAUAAUAUAUGAUUCUUAUAUAGACAUUGAACGUGAUCUGUAUUUCAGAUCUUUUUUUUUUUUUUUUUUGUAUAAAUAGAGAUUUGUAUCUUAUAGAUCUGAGGACAAGAUAUUUUGUAUAUUUGGAAUAAAUCUGAAAAGUUAUUAAAAUAAGACGAGGAAAACAAUCUAACAUUUAUUUUGUGUAAUAUUUUUGGUAUUGUCCUCUUACCUUCUAUUUAAUUGAACAUAAUUACAUCCCAAUAUACUAAUAUUUGAAACAAAAACUAUGAAAUCGAGUUUUACAUACAUGUUUUGUUUAGAGGAAAGAUAUUUUAUGAUCUGAUAUAACCUGGUAUUAUACGCUUUUAAAUGUUUCUGUUUUGUUACUCCCUAGGUGUGGAACAACCUUCCUAAUGAGCAUAGCUAAUCUAAAACCUUUGAGUCCUUUAUUAAUCCUUUAACUCUCUGGGUUUUGAACAACCUUCUUAAUGAGCAUAGUUUAGCUAAAACCUUUGAGUCAUUUUCUGGGCUUUAUCACUUCAAGGUUAACCCUUGUGCUAACUGCACACAACCUAUCGUGUGAGGUGUCAGGUUACAUGAUAUAGUCCAAUACAACAUGUGAUACUUUAGUCAAUUUCUGUUUUCAAUACCAUAAGCAUUUCUGUGUCAGUUCCUAAUGAAAUGUUACAUCAUAUUUCAUAUACGUAUAUAUACUUGUUACACAAUGCGAUUUUUGUUCAUCUUUGCUAAAUAAACCAUCGUUUAACCCCCUUACUCCCAACCACGCCAAACUACGCCAAACUACGCCAAUAGCACUUCGGUGUAAGAUAAAUGGUCGUAUCUCCUUUAUUUGUUUACCUAUUAAAAUACCGAAUAUACCUAGUAAAACAGGAGAAAAUAUCCAACAACAUUUGUUCUUUGUAAAAUUUCAUUUGACAAACUUUUUUGAUGUAUUUCAUGAGUUGAAAAAACAAGCCAACUUUUAUUUCGACUAUUUUGAAUUGUUGACGUCGUGUUUCAGCCGGCGUAAUCGUCAUAGCGCGGAUUCGAUUUUGUAUCUCUCAUUACAUAAAAGAUAGCGAGAUGUAAUGUCUGUAAUUCACAGUAGUGGUAGUUUAUACUCUUAAUUUUAUGUUUAUUCCACUAUUUUACAGGAAUCCUCCAAAAUGUGAUGUUUUUUGUCAAUAAAGUACAUGUGAUGUCUAUGGUUCUAUACCGUACGCAGCACAAAUCGACAAAUUUUAA